AUGCCUCCAGAGACUUCACCUGCUUGCCACACUCCCCAGAUCUGUCCCCCAGCCUUGCCCAGAUCAACAGUAAAUUCCUCGGAUACCAACAAACGUAGGCAGCUGAAAAGAAUGGAAAUUAAUCUCACGAGUAAGAGAUUAAUCCAUAUACUUGUUUUUUUCCUUGCUUCCAUGUCUAUCUUCAGGCUUCUAAGGUUUGCUAUCACCUCUUAUUCUCCAUCACCACGCUCUGGGUGGGCAGGUUUUGUAAAGACUUGCAAUUCAUCAGAAUCAAGCUGCAAGGAAGUUCCAUCCCAUACAAGGGCUUCCACUUUUCCUCCAAAUAGAAACCAGAUCACAAAAAAGGAAUAUCGAUUUCUAUCGCAUAUCAUCACUCAGAGGGCACCCUGCAACCUUCUAAUCUUUGGAUGGGAACCCCAAUACCAUCGCCUGGCAAAGAUUAAUUCUGCAGGAACCACUGUUAUUCUGGAUGACACCCCUGAAAAAAUAAGAGUUAGAAGGUUGAACAGCACCAGGAUUUACAAGGUCAAUUAUGACGUGAAGGCCAAAGAUGCAUACAGAUUGCUAAAACAUGCAAGAGACGGAACUACUUGUGCACCUAAUUCAGGACCUAUAGCAACAUCAAACUGCAAAUUGGCACUAACAAACUUGCCAAAUGAGGUCUAUACAAGCAAAUGGGAUGUGAUACUUAUUGAUGGACCAGGUAGUGAUGGACCAGAAGCACCCGGAAGGAUGACGGCUAUCUACACAUCAAGUAUGAUAGCAAGAGCUGGGAAUAUCACAACAAAUGUGGUAUUACACGAUGUAGAUCGGAUGAUAGAAAAAUGGUUUUCCAGGGAGUUCCUGUGCGAAGAAAAUUUAGUUUCAUCAAAAGGGAGAUACUGGAAUUUCAAGAUUAAAGGUGGUCAGCAAUGGCAUUCCACCAGCUUUUGUACUUGA